AGGCCGGAGGGGAGAGGGGCCUGGGGAUCGCGAAAGGCUUGAGGUUGAGGCCGCUCGGGGGAGGGGGAAGGCAGCCCGGCGGUGUUGGGCAGGUGGAGGACCCAGCCGGGCUGGGCCCCCUGGGCCCCGGGUCUGUAUAAUAACAGUUUGCUAUAAAACUCAGAAUCUUCCAGCCCGGGCCGCCGAGUUCGUGUGUCUGUCCGCGACGUUGGGGAUAGGGCAGGGAUGGCAGGAAUGCCCACGCCCGGACUCUCGGAGGAGGGAUCUUUUCGGAUGGGUUUGGGGUCUAGGACCUCCUCGGCUCCCUGGAACUCAGGGUGCAGGGCCCCCUGCAGUCCCCGCAGACGGGUUGAAGGUGCCUGGGCUUACCUUCCUCGACUUGGCUACUUGGGGAGAGGCUGAGGAGCCUGAGCACCUGGGGAUGUCCAGGUGCACUUGGGAGGGGGCCGGGGCGUCCGGGAACUCCCAGUCAUGGCAAGGCGGAGGCCGGGCUUUCACCUCGCUGGCUCCGGCGACAUUCUAGGUGGACAGGGGUGCCAGGGACCCUCGGGGUAUCUGCCGACCGGCCCGGGACCGCAGGGGCUCGCGGGUCCCCUGGCUCCACCCCAUCAUGUGGCCACCGCGGCUCCGCCUCCGCCCCAGUUCCUGUUUCGGCCUCUGCUGUCCUGCUUCGGCCGCUGGGGCUCCCCGCCGCCGCCCACUCUUCCUGCCCCGCCGGGGCCGCCUCUUCCCGGGCGCCCGCGGUCCGCAUCCCCGUUCGCCCCGCCCGGAGAUGGGGCCUCCUUUCGGCUCGGGCCGGUCCUCCGGGGGCCCCCGAGGCUCCUCGCCCCCGCCGUGACCGCCUUGCCCACCUGGUGCCGCCGCCCCCAGGAUGAAGGGUGGCGAGGGGGACGCGGGCGAACAGGCCCCGCUGAACCCCGAUGCCGAGAGCCCCGCGGGCUCGGCCACGUACCGAGAGUUCGUGCACCGCGGCUACUUGGACCUCAUGGGGGCCAGUCAGCACUCGCUGCGGGCGCUCAGCUGGCGUCGCCUCUACCUCAGCCGGGCCAAGCUCAAAGCCUCCAGCCGCACGUCUGCCCUGCUCUCGGGCUUCGCCAUGGUGGCCAUGGUGGAGGUACAGCUGGAAAGCAACCACGAAUACCCGCCAGGCCUGCUGGUGGCCUUCAGCGCCUGCACCACCGUCUUGGUGGCUGUCCACCUCUUUGCACUCAUGGUCUCCACGUGUCUGCUGCCCCACAUCGAGGCUGUCAGCAACAUCCACAACCUCAACUCUGUCCACCAGUCACCACACCAGCGACUCCACCGCUAUGUGGAACUAGCCUGGGGCUUCUCCACUGCCUUAGGCACUUUCCUUUUCCUCGCUGAGGUUGUCCUGGUCGGCUGGGUCAAGUUUGUGCCUAUUGGAGCCCCCGUGAGCACUGCAGCCCCUGUGGUACCCACCUCCCAGGUACCUGGGACUCUGCCACCGGUGGCCAUCUCCCUUAGCCCAGCUUCCAAGCUCCCACCAUCUCCUUCUGUAGCCCCAUCACAGGCUGGGCCUCCUGAGGCCUGCCCGCCCCGGCAAGUGUGUGGUGCUGGUGGGGCCCAUGGGCCAGGCUGGCAAGCAGCCAUGGCCUCCACGGCUAUUAUGGUACCUGUGGGGCUGGUGUUUGUGGCCUUUGCCCUGCAUUUCUACCGCUCCUUGGUGGCACACAAGACAGACCGCCACAAGCAGGAGCUUGAGGAGCUGAGCCGCCUGCAGGGGGAACUGCAGGCAGUGUAAGGCUGGUGUUAGCCCUGGCUGCAAGCACUGCCUCCCUCAUUCUCUGCCCCUGGCUGGAGCCACUUCCUGUGGCCACUCUCAGGUAGAGACCAGAUUCCUGCCUUCAAAGUCCUUUGGGCUGGGCUUUUGGGCAGCUCCCACAUUCCUGGAGAUUUUCUCUGUUAGUCUGUCCUAUGGGUUUCAUAGGUUAUACUCAAACCUAGGCUGGGAGAGCCAUGGGAGGAAGUGGAAGGGCCUCAGUCUAAGGCUCAUGCAUUAGGUAGUGGGGAGGCAAGGAGACCCUGGUUGGGCCCUUGGUGCUGACCCUUAGCUACUUACCCCUGUACAGGGUGGGGAGGUCAGAAGGUUAUAUACCCACCCAGCUGUCUCAGAAGACAGCCAACUCUUGCUUUGUUUUUGUAGAAUCUACUUAUGGUUGGCAUUUUGGGGGAAGCUUUUCCCCAUCCCCAGGUUCUAAUGGGUUCCACACUAUUGCUUUAGUCGCUGCAGAGAGGGAUUUGGGUGUUUCUACUUCAGGCAUAGGUCCAGCCUUUCCCAGGAGGAGCCUCCCUAAUUUUGGAGGUCCAAGCCCUACCCCCCCCCCACUGUGGGGGCCCACAGCCACACGCAGAAGGGUCAGGACCUGCCUCACUCUCCUAGGUACGCACUUGUGCUUCUACAUCUGGUUCUCACUUUCUUGGGUCAGGGCUGGGGGUCUUUAGAGACCGAUGGUCUAUGUGCCUGGCCUGACUCCCUGGCAAGGAUUGGGGUGAAGAGGAAUUCAGGUUUUAAGGGAAAAGGUUCAGUUCCUAUCCCUUGGAAUGCAAAUUUGUUGACACUGAAUUUUUGAUGCAUCAUGUUUUAUAUAAUAAACUGUGUUUCACAGA